AUGGAGUGUGGAGGCACGCGCAUCCCGUAUGCGAAAUGGCGCCUGAGUGCGUUCCGACGAUUGCUAGCUACUUCCCAUCAGGCAGUCAGUCGGGGCAUUUCGACCUCGCGACAAUCCGACCAAUUCAAUGAAACCACUUUGAAAGCAAAGACAAACAAUUCGAAUUUGAAAUCCGUACCCCCUUCACAACGGCUUCCGCAGUCUCCCCUAAUCACCCGUCCUCGCUCUGGGACAGAAAAGAAUCGCAAGAGGCGCCCCACGGCACAGGAGGAAGCUGACCUGCUCAAGAACCCGUGGGCCGUAAUGCUGGCUUCACCAGCACGUAUGUGCUCUGUGACUGGUGCACGGCUUCCAUCUGCCCUACUGGGGACUUGGGGGCUUGUUAGACAACCAAAUACGGAUGAGCUUUAUAUGAUGCCUGUGGGUUUGCUGCAGGACUCGCUGCAAAGCAAUAAAGCCCACAACCUCAGCUCGUCGCCAGAGCCAAUCAUCCCAGCCCAAGUUGAGACACCAAUGGUGGAGGUACAAGGGAGGGAAGAGGAUACUUUGGACGCAUCACCAAUUCCAACAUCCCCAGAUAAGCAGACCGGACGCCAACUUGUGCUUCGCAUUGCUGAGCUUCUUCCACUUAUUCGAUCUAUUUCAGUGCCGCUCUCCAAGAAGGGCGGUAAAAGACCAGCGAUUAUGCGACUAUUACCAUUCAGAUGGAAACAUCCACAGGGCCCUGUGACGGCGCACGAAGAGAAAAAAAUCAUCUGGUCAGCGAAUACGCCAGAAAUUAUGUUGCAGGGUAUGAGGGGUGUCGUUGUCAAGAAACUGAGUGCAGUACUUGAGAAAUACAAGCGCAUUGGCACCUCCAAUGGGGUUUGGAGGUCUCUAGAUCUAGCUGAGUACUCGGACACUGCGUUGAAGGGAGCCCUGGGAGGUUUGGAGCGAUUUGAUCGUAUGGAAUGUGGAGCAGUCUUGCUUCUUGGUCCAAGGAAUCUUGCGGCUCCCGGGGAUACGUCUCAACCAAGUUGCUCUUUGGACUCGGUGGCUCUCACGCAAACCGGGUCGAAGGUUCCUGUGUUUGAUCUGUCAGUCCUUUUUGCCGAGUCUGAUAUCCAAACCCUCCGUGCAUCCCACGCCCACUUCCAACAUCCUGCAGUGUUCUUUAGACCGGAGGAUCAGCUUGGUACUGAUGCAAUGAUAUCCCUCUGGAAAAUGAAACGGCUCCUUGAUAAUGUUGAUCUGGCAGAGCAUUGA